AUGGCAAAUCUUCUCAUUGCGAUUACGGAAAAGGAAGAAAAAGAAAGAAAAAAAAAUGUUCCAAGACUUGUUUCGAGAAAACAACUUCCAGACUAUCGAGUGACUUUUGUCGACCCUGAUGCAAGGACAAAUCUUACAUAUCUACAUACAUUCUUACUUAAAUGGAUCGUGCCCGUGGUUCUCAUGAGAAGCAGAGUUAAAGUUGAAAAUGGAAAAACUUUUUCGACGCUGAUGACUGAUUGUGCUAGCAGUGAUUUGAGGGAAAGCUUUUUAUGA